UAUUACGAAAUGCGUAAAUUUUUAGUACUGGCAUCACAAAACCUGUUUUUUAAUUUGCAUUCCCGCCACUUGGAGGAGUUAGUUCGCUUUCGAAAGUUUCACAUCCGCAAGAGAGCGGCAAGGCAAGGCGAAGUGAAGUAGGCAAAGAAGUCUCGCGCGCGAACUCGGUACGCUGCAGGCGAUGACCGCAUUCAUAUGAGUUUUUAUUAAAUUGUGUGUGUGCUGUCGUGUUCUCCGUUCCGUUAAGUGUUUACGAAAAUGCUGUAUAGGUGAACUUUUAGGAUAUAAAGUGUUGUGAUUGUGAUUACAUUUCUUUAACCCUCUUCUAUCUAUUACUGUCUCUUAAAAGGUUGUAAAAAUGCCUUGCUCAGCGGUAACUUUGUCCAUAGCGACCAUUACAGCAAUCGUGGCUGCUGCUUUAAUGGCUAUAGCAUUCUCGACGGAUAACUGGCUUUACAUAGAAGUAAAGCGUGCGAGCAUACAGGGCUACGCAGCGGAGAACUCAGCGGGUAACUCACAGUCAAUCCUGGACAGUUUGAACAACAAAUACUUCUUCUACACGAGGACGCGGGGCUUGUUCCGCAUCUGCUAUCCUAAGGAGAGACCGCCUUCAGUUGAGAUCUACCUGUCGCCUGUAGAGACCCACUGCAGCAAUGUGGACUACUUCAUCCCCGACGAGAACAACGAGACGAAAGGCCUGUCAGACGACGCCAUGAACAGGCUGCACAUGGCGAGAUCAACGGUGGCUCUGUUCAUAGUGUCGUUCCUGUCCCUCUUCAUCGCGUUUUGGACCGGCGUGGUGGGCUGCUGGAAGCGAAGCCCUGGUAACAUCACGGCCACAGCCAUACUCAUGCUGGUUACUUGUCUACUAGCAGCAGGCGCGAUGGCAUUAUGGCAUGGAGUGGAAUUCUACGAAAAAGAAAAGCUUGUAGGAGAGGAAUACUACCAACAGUGGCCCAACGUGUUAAAAGACAACUCAUCAAUCUGGUACGACUGGUCGUACAUUCUCGCUUGGCUCGCCGUCGGCGUAUCGUUCGCGAGCUCCAUUCUAUUCUUCUCCGCCGCCAUUUGCCUGAGCAAGGAAAAGAGGCGGGAACAACAGAAUAACGUGCAGUACAUUAUGCCAGUGUACCCGCAGAAGCAGCAGUACGCGUACGCCGGGUACCCUCCUCCCCAGGCAUACCCGGGGCCGUACUACCACGGCUCGCAGUACGGGCCCUACAACUACUGAUCAUGUGACCAGAUGAGGGACCUCGUGGCGCCGCUCGGUAACGCGGCCGCCCCGCAGGCACCCGCGCGCAACCCCUCCCCCUCCCCCCCGGCGGCCGGCCGCGCCCCCUCCCCGCUGCACACGUUCGACUCGCACCGGCGCGCGCGGCGGCCGCGCCUGCAGUCGCGCCGCGUGUACCGGCCCGCGCGCCGCCACACGCUGUCGCGCAUCGACGAGAGCCACAGCCUGCAGCACUCGGGCGAGUUCUCGUCCACGCGCGCCGCGCGGCGCUCGCGCUCCAACAUGUCGGCCGACACGAGCCGCAGCGUGCCCGUGUGCAACCAGAGCCAGGACGUGGCGCGCCGCGACAGCGCCAGCCCGCAGUACGAGGCGGGCUCGGCGUCGGGCUCGCCGCGCGCCAGCAUGUCGGACCUGCCGCUGGCUGUGCCGCGCGACCCCGCCACGGGCGCCUACAUCCCGCUGCCCGAGUACACCUACUACCGCGACGACAGCUGCCGCCUGGCUCGCUACAUGCAGUACAACAAGAAACCCAAGAAAAACCCCAAAACUAGUAAUUUGUAUUUAGCAUUCAUGUAUUAACGCGCGGGUGUAUCACGAAUCAUUGAUAGCAAUGGUUACGAGUUUCGAUAUUAUUGCCGUACAGUGUAUGUCGCCACAACCCAUGAUUUCAUUUUGAAAUUGUUCUCCCUUAUCGACUUGUCUGUUAGUAUUCCAUACACUGUUAAAAUGGGUGGCCCGAAUCUGGUUGAAAGAAUAGAAUCCUUCGAACUAUUGGCACUUUCCAUAUUGACCGCGGCGCUAGUGUCCGCUCUCGCCGCGGCUCUGCGCACGGCUGUACGAAACUCUGACACCACUGAACCUUAACGUUUCCAUGCGAUCAUUCACGAACAAUCUCUGCUACGAAUUUUAGAUAAAUAACGCGUAUUGUAACAUUGUAUUGGGAGAGACGCUGUAAUUAGGAGUAAGUUAGUAAAGACUCCGCCAUAAUAUACAGAAAUGAAACAAAAUCUUUUAGUACCUAAGUUAAAAUCUAAGAAUUUAAAGAUUUUUGGAUUGAUUAUUAUUAUUAUAUAGUGAUUUUUAUAUUAAAAUUCGACUUAUUUACUCUGAACAAAUAUAUCCGAAAGUAUUGUGCCUUCUAUCUUAUAAAUAUUGCUCAUUCGUACUGUUUAAACAUAUCUUAAACUAAUUUAAUUGUAGGUAACGCGGUAAGUUAACGAUAUUUUUGUACACAAACAAUUGAAUAAUGCAAGGUAGAUAGUUCUGGAUAGUGAAAGAAAUAUUUAUAUCUCUUCGAUAUAUCUUCAUUUCUUUGUUUAGAUCAAUUUUUGUAUUUUAUAUGUAUGUUUUGAUUGUCAAAUCGUGAAAACCGUCCUUAUGGAUAUAUGGUCUAGCAUAAUGUGGUAUUUCUAUGAAUUUUGUAUAUUUCUUAGGGUCAGCGCAGACUGAGGACUGAAAUAUAAACUUUAUCGCAAAUGACAUAAAGUGCAAAAUUGCACUAAUCAGUCCGGUUUGCGUUGACUCUUAGUCAAAAUCGUGGAGGUAUUGAACCAAUUAGUUAGCUCUGGACUAUUUGUAAAUUAAUUAGUAGGUUAAUGAUUCAUUACAAUAAUUAAUAGAUUAUUUUUAAAUUGUAUUUAAAACUUCCUUAAUAAAAGAUGAAAAACAUUGU